UUAGAUUGAGUGUAUUUUAAAUAAACAAUGUGUUACAGGUUAUUGCACAAACCAUCAAGAAGUGUUUGGAUAGCUUGCCUGGGUAUCCGAGAACACAAAUUGGUUUUAUUACUUAUGACAGUACCAUUCAUUUUUACAAUAUGAAGUCGUCAUUGACACAGCCUCAAAUGCUGGUUGUGUCAGAUCCUGAAGAUACUUUUGUCCCACUGCCAGAUGACUUGCUUGUCAACUUGUCAGAAUGCAGGGACGUCAUUGAUACAUUUCUAGAUAGCUUGCCUUCUAUGUUUCAGGAUAAUGUGAAUGUGGAAUCAGCUCUUGGUCCUGCUCUGAGAGCUGUAUUCAUGGUUAUGAAUCGACUUGGUGGCAAGUUGCUGAUAUUUCAGAGCACUCUUCCUUCCCUGGGUGUUGGUCGCUUGAGACUAAGAGGAGAUGAUCCUCGUAUAUAUGGAUCUGAUAAAGAACAUACAACGAGAAUACCUGAAGAUUCUUUUUAUAAACAGAUGGCUGCUGAUUUCACGAAGUAUCAAAUAGCUGUCAAUGUAUAUACAUUUAGUGACAAGUAUACAGAUGUAGCAACCUUAGGGACUCUGUCAAAGUAUACUGGUGGUCAGGUUUAUCAUUAUCCAAGUUUCCAAGCUGCUAUUCAUAAAGAUAAAUUAAGCCAGGAGUUGACAAGAGAUUUAACAAGGGAGACUGCUUGGGAGGCUGUCAUGCGGAUCAGAUGUGGAAAGGGUGUCCGUUUCACUACUUAUCAUGGGAAUUUUAUGCUCAGAUCCACAGAUCUAAUAGCACUUCCGGCUGUUGACUGUGAUAAAGCUUAUGCGAUGCAGUUAUCACUUGAAGAAACAUUGCUAACAACCCAGACUGUAUACUUCCAAGUUGCACUGCUAUACACAUCUUCAUCUGGAGAAAGACGUAUUAGGGUACAAACUGCAGUGUCACCUGUGGUUUCAGAAAUUGGAGAUAUGUAUCGUCUGGCUGAUAUUGGUGCCAUUGUAUCAGUGUUCUCUAGGCUAGCAAUUGAAAAAUCUCUCUCCACUAAAUUGGAAGAGGCUCGAAGUUCUAUUCUAUUAAGAAUUGUUAAAGCCCUCCGAGAAUAUAGAAAUUUGUAUGCUGUACAACAUCGCAUGGGAGGAAGGAUGAUAUAUCCAGAAUCUUUGAAAUUAUUGCCUUUGUAUGGAUUAGCUUUGUCCAAGUCCACACCCCUAAGAGGUGGUUAUUCAGAUGUGCAACUAGAUGAACGCUGUGCUUCCGGAUUUACUAUGAUGGCAUUGCCAGUUGCAAAGCUGUUGAAACUUUUGUAUCCUAACCUGAUUCGUGUAGAUGAGUUUCUUUUGAGAACAUCUCCUUUGGCCGGUGAGUCUGAGAACAUGUUGAAAAGGCUUCCACUUACCAUAGAUAGCUUAGCUGUAGGAGGUCUCUAUAUCUAUGAUGAUGGGUUUCGGUUUGUUAUAUGGUUUGGUAGAAACCUUUCUACUGACAUCAUCAAGUGUAUACUAGGAGAUGAAUUUGCUGCAGACCUGUCAAAGGUUUAUCUACAAGAGCAAGAUAAUGAAGUUUCAAGAAAACUGAUGGGCUUGCUUAGAAAGUUUAGACAAAGUGACCCAUCAUAUUAUCAACUAUGUCACCUUGUGAGACAAGGUGAACAGCCUAGAGAAGGAUUCUUCCUCCUAAGAAAUCUAAUUGAGGACCAGGUUGGUGGCACAAAUAGCUAUAUGGAUUGGAUUGUGCAAUUACACCGGCAAGUGCAGCAAAAUGCAUGACACAAGUAAUGGCGUGAAAUAAUUUGUCAUCGUCAAACAAAUCGUUGGAGUUAAUGGGCUCCCAAUAUUUGCAUCUUAUUUGAAUGGACUAAUCUUCUAUUAUUUUAUCAAUAAACAGAGUUUUAAUCGAGAAGCACUUUUGUUCUGAUUUCAUGAUCCUUCAUCCGUCUCAAAAUAAUCUCUCCGGAUACUAUUCACACGGUAAACCUUUAUCCAUUUCUUUGUCUAUUUGUGAACGGAGCACCGUAGGUGGCCCAAUUGAGACGGUGUCUUCGUAGCCACUCUCUUUGAGUGGCUAUAGAAUCCAACGUCCCAACCGUAAAAUAAUAGUUAUGUCACAUC